UACGUAACAGCCGUUUCUGGCCGAUUUUCUGAUGUUUGCCGGAACCGUUCACAUCUUUUAUCCCAUGGAGAGAGGUGCGCCGAAGGACCGCGACACACAAAUUUUCGAAACUAACUGUUUCCAAUCGGGAUUUAGGUGGAAACAACUGUCCUGUUUCCUUGGCUCAACUCACAAAUUGCUCCACUUUUAAAGCAAGUACGAAGAUAGAACACAAGAAAGACGGGGUCUUUUCCUUUUCUCGCAAUCAAGUCUAUCUGAUCUACCUUUCCCCUCUCCCUUCCAUCACCAUGAUAUUGCCAACGCUACUACUUUUGCUUCUCCAUCUGGCCACUGCCGCCAAGGACAACGACUACUACUUCCCCGGCUUUGUGAACCCCAACACGGACAACAAAAUGUACUGGAAGGACUCCAUCAAUGUCCUGCAGGAUCUGGAUCAGUUUGAAUCCCUCUACGUUCGAUACCAUCAUUGCGUUUGGUCCAAAUACGGCACCCGCUAUGGUACCGGUCAAAACUAUGAUGAACAAGACGGCGAUGAAGACGAUGCCGAUGCAGAUAAUGGCUGUGGAGGCUGGGGUGGCGAGAACUACUGGUACAUGGGCCGCACUCAGUGCUUCAAGGCCAACGUGGCGUAUUCCUUGUACGGAGUUCUCAAGGGAGAACAAGCCAAGAGCAAGCGUGGAUCUUUCUGUCAUGGAGACUCCUACAUCAAUUCCUUCUUUAGUACAUUCGGCGUCGAGAGUUUUGCAGGACCCAUGGGGGUUGGUGUGGAUACGGCCAAUUCCUACUGUGCCAGUACCAACAGCAAUGGGAAUUAUAAUGCCAACAGCGGUGAUGGUGAUGAUGCUGGUUAUGACGAUGCCAAAGCAGAUGAUGACUAUGUGGGCGAUGACUACACGUUCUAUCACUUUGAUGAGUACACGAGCUCUGGAACAGGAUGCGCAGCCAACGGGAACUUUGUCAAGGACUCUUACAACGGUGCCUUUUGUCAGGGCUCCAAGUACAAUACCACCUUGGACCAGCUCAAGGAGUUUAAUGAGGCUUUGCAAGCGGUGGAAUGUACUCAGAUUUACAGUUUCAGUGGCGGUGGACAAAACGAUGAUGAUGACAAACGCCGCGACCGACGACGUACCAACGAAGAUGAGAACUACGACUUUGCAUACAUGAAUCCCAUUCAAGUACUGUCCUACAGCAAGUCCUGCAGUCUCUCUCAGUAUCCCAAUGACUGCCCUGAUCCCCACGGAAAGAAGGCAACAUACGGCAAGAACAUUCAACGAGCACUGGCCUACAAGACGGGAAAUAUGCGUGACUGGGGCGCUCAGACUCUCAAGGUAUUCUCUUGGAUCUUCCUUGCUGGAGCCUUGACACUGGGCGCCAUGGCCAACUUUAUUCAUCCUGGAGAACGAAGAUCAAAGAUUCGUGCCAAGCUGGGCAAGAAGAUGCGCAAGAUUGGAAGGCUUGGUAAGAAGAAACGUUCCAAAAACAAGGCGCUUACGUCCUCUGGAAGUGGUGACACCACGGACACCAGUUUGAGUGGUGCAACGAAUGAUCGUUCCCCAAAACGAUCCUCCCCAAGACGAUUGGGAAGGUUUCUAAGCAUGUUCAAGAAAGAGGAUUCCACACCAGAAACCGCGGAGAAUGAUAGCACGGAAGUGUCGUUGGGUAACUAUGAGUUGUCCACUGGUUACUUUCUCCGUGGCAAACCAAGUGACGAUGAAGAGAUAGAAGGUGGCAAUGGUACAGCUCCUCCGUCGCCGCCAAGGACGCUUGGCAGCUUUUCGUACUGGGGAGAUACAGGUAUGGAAGCACCGAAAUCACUAGACGACGCAAGUUUUACUGCAAGCGAUAGGGCAAGCGAUAGGGCAAGUGCUACUGCAAGCGAUAGGGCAAGUGACAGGGCAAGUGACAAGAGUUCCCCCUCCAACGGCCCAGAAACCUUGACCGUCCUAGCAGUUGAGGAACCUGCCAGUAAAAAGAAGCGCGGUAGCUUCUUGGGAAAAUUGGGCAAGUCUUUCAAGAAUAAAGAGUCCACCACGAACGCCCCCAAGGACGUGAAGGGUUCGAUUGUGCGAAGCCUUAGUUUCCGCAAACGCGAGUCAACCCCCAAGAGUCCUGGAACUAGCAGGAAAGGGAUCCUGCGAAGCUUCAGCUUGGGAGGAAAGAAGAAGCAGACUGCUAACCAAGAACCUGAUGAAGAGCCCGUGGAACUGACUCCCGCAAAUAGUGCCAUUCUCCCUCCGCCAACCAUCCAGAAAACGUUCACUGACGCCGUUCAGAUCAUCUUGCCUAACGGCCAACAACAACAGGAAGAGCAACCACCUUCUGAUGCCAAGCCAGCUGAAGAGGACUCCAAACUUCAAGACAGCCUUUACAGUCUCUGA